UCUUGCUUUGGGUUCUGGAUUUUGUCCUGCACGUCCUGCUCCAUCUUCUGGAUCUCCUGCUCCAUUUUCUUCUGCAGCGACCGGAACAGCGAUGCGGGCUUCUUGCCGCUCUGCUCGAGCGAUGGGUCGGACACAGGCCCGGCACUGUCCUCUCCAUUCAAAGACGGAGGGAGUGUCGGCUGGAUCGGUUGUGAUGGCUGGACUGGUUGCGAUGGCUGUGCGAUGGGCUUGGAUGAUCCAUCGAGAUCGAUCUUGGGCGGCAGCGGGCUGUGCGUGGGGCCGGUCUUGGCCGUCGAGAGCGGCCGUGCCAGUGCGGGGCGGAGAUGCCUGAGGGCUUGCGCAAGCGCUGUCGAGGCCAUGGCGAUGCGAGGCUGGUGCGGCCGGAUUUGAGAUCUGACAGAGCAAGCGAGAGGAGCAUGGGCUGUUCGCUGGCGGAUCUGCAACCAGUUUGCGUUUUGAUCCGGCCUGCGCCGCGAUUGGCUGCGCGAGCGUCACGAUUCCCUCCACGUCCCGGUCUUGGCGCUGCCGUUCGGUUCGGUUCGCGGCCUCAAAAGCUGGGUAUCUGCCCCCCUGCUGGCAGUCCUCUGCGCUGUCCUCUGCUCACUCUCCUUGCGCUUUCCGUCUCCAACCGCACCGGCCAACACAAUCGCCCGGCCAUGCGUCCAACCCAGCCGUCGUAUCGGCCGCUGAUGGCCCUCUGGAUAUGUCUCCUGGCCGCUUCACUCUGCGCGGCUGCCUCGGAUAAGAUUCACAUCCGAGACAUUGAAACGCUGACCCUCUACCACGGCCACAAGACGGCGGCCCGCCGGGUCCAGCCCGUGCCCCAGAUGGAGUGCAUCGGCGGCGAUGCCUGCAGAGACGUUGUCAUUCCUGUGAUCCAAUGCUACAACCGCGGAUGGGACGGCCGGCAAGUCCAGUGGGAGUGCCGUGCCGAGCUCGAGGAUCUCUAUCGGUUUGGAGAAACGACGGUUACCUGCGAGGGAUACCGCUACAAAGGCGACGACAAUGUCCUUGUGGGCUCUUGUGGAGUUGAAUACACCCUCAUACGGACUCAAAAGUGGUUCGAUCGAGAGCAGUCUCAGAAAGCCCGGCACUACCAGCAGCCCUACCAGCACCAACAGCCUCAACGGCGGUACGGCAGAAACAGUUGGUGGGAUGGCUGGCUGGGCCGCAAAUCCUCCUGGCAUCGCUACAGCCACCAUGACGACUAUCAACGCUCCUCUGACAGCUGGACCUCCAAGCUGUUUUGGCUGGCGGGGAUCCUGGCGGUUCUCUACGUCUUGAGCCAGAGCUGGAUCAUGCCCCAGCGGAAUGGCAACCGCGGCAACGGCCGAGGCUUCCGGUGGCCCGGCGGAUUCGGCGGUGGUGGUCCUGGAUUCGGCGGCGGCGGCCCUGGAUUCGGUGGCGGCGGCCCUGGAACCGGCAGCAACCCACCGCCUCCUCCCUCCUCGUCGUCCUCGUCCUUCCCACGAUUUGGUUUCACUGAGGGGCUCCUGGCUGGUACCCUUCUUUCCAACCUGGUCCGUCCAAGUGCUCGAUCGACCAGGCCGCCCAGAGAAGAGUACUCGCCUGAACCGUCGCCCCGAGCCUCGGGCAGUUCGUACCGACCGAGAUCAUCUGGCUCAUCGCGCCCGGUAGCGUCUUCUUCACGGAUGGCCUCUGGAUUUGGCGGAACACGUUCUCGCUGAGCCGUGAACAUGCGGAGGAGCUUCAUCCGUGUGUCCA